GCAAUAGCACUUACCUAAUCAGCCGCGCCUCCUCCUCCUUUUCCUUUCUCGGCGGGCGGAAGCGCAGUUCGACGUGAGAGGCGGGAGGAGGGGUCUUUGGUGGCGACUGUUCCGGUCUCGAGGGGUUUCCUGGUUGCAGCAGGCAGCGCUAAUCCAUAAUGGCAGCACCUGUUAGCGGGCAUCCACUCAUCUGCUGCCUGCCACGUCCCUCACCUUGUUGUGUCACUGCCAUAUCACCAGCCAUCCCUUUAAACUGAGUGGGACUAUCGAUAAAAUAUUUACCACAAUGUUCAGUGGAUAUGAUGAUGCAGAAGCAUUUGAAGAUGACCCUUAUUCUGAAGGGUCUUCCAGUGAAACAAGCAUUGAUAGUGAAGUAGAAUUUCAUCUUUACAGUCAAAUCCAUUAUGCACAAGAUCUUGGGGAUGUCAGUGAAAAUAACAAUAAGGAUUUCAAAAGACAAGAAGAAUUUAAGUCCUUGAAGAAAGAGAAAUCAGAGAAUGAACAAGAUCAGAGAAAUAACUUAAUUGUCAUUUUAGAUAGUGAUGUUAACAUUUCGGAUAGCUCCGAUGUCAUAAUAUUGUCUGAUACUCCUGAUGAAGAUAGCAUUUAUGAGAGUAAACUCCAGAAGCUAACAGUAUCAGCGUCUCCAACUUUACGUAAAUUAAAUAAGACUGCAUAUUCUUGUGCCAAAAAAUCUAUUAAACACCCUUCCCAGCCUAUCCUGAAAACUGAGGAUCAGAUUGCAGUAAAUUCAAGUAAAGCAAGAAGGGCUGAUGAAAAGGCAACCUUAAAUAACCAGGGUGAUGUUCACAUGAUUCAUAGAGUUUUAGUAACUGAGGACAGCUCCAGCAGUGAUGAUGCAAUUGAUGUGUCAAGUAUAUCCUCUGAAAAUGAUAAUGUGGAGAGCUGGAUGCUGCUGGGAAGUGCCGCAGAUGACAAAGAUGAUGAUAUUCUGUUAAAUCUUGAAGGCUGUAGAACUUCAGCCAGUAAAGGAGAAGAUAGAACAGGAUGGACCAUCAGUGAUAAAGACUUACAGGCACAGAUUGGUAAUUAUGUUUCAAUGCGACAUAACAACAGAUACUACACAGUGGACAAAAACGUCACUUGCAGAAAUUGUGAUAAACGAGGUCAUUUAUCAAAAAAUUGUCCUACCCCAAAGAAAAUUCCACCCUGUUGUCUUUGUGCACAGAGAGGUCACCUACAAAACAGCUGUCCAGCACGAUUUUGUUUAAAUUGUUGUUUGCCAGGACACUGCUCUAGAGAGUGCCCUGAGAAAAUGUACUGGAAAAAACACUGUAACCGCUGUGAUAUGAGAGGUCAUUAUGCAGAUGCUUGCCCAGAAAUAUGGAGGCAGUAUCACCUAACAACUAGACCAGGACCACUCAAGAAGGCUGAUUCUUAUUCUGUGCAACCUGCUUCAGCAUACUGUUACAACUGUGGAGAGAAAGGCCACUAUGGAUUUGAAUGCUCAGGGAAGCGAAUGUUUGGAGGAAUAUUUCUUUCUUACCCCUUUAUCUGUUACUAUGACAAUAAAUAUGAUAUCAAGAAGAGCCUCCAGAGAGCAAAGAAAAAAGUGCAAGAACUUCAGAAAGCUGGCCUUCUACCAAAGACUCUAAAAAGACCACAUACAGAUUAUGAUCAAGAAGAACACAAACAUAAGAAAAAGAGGAACGUUUGGAAGGAGCAUGGCAAGAGGGGAGAUCACAACAAUCUAAGGAAAAAAUCUCUUGCAGAUCUAAUCAAAGAAAGGAAGCGUAAGAAGGAAGCUCAAAACAAUUAUGCGAUAGAAGAGUGCUUUCCUAGAGGUGGCCACAGGAAUGCACAUAAGAGGUGCAAAAGGAAAACUCAUCAUCAUCAGAGUGUUGGCUUUCUGGCAGAUGGCAAAACUGAAAAUCAACAAAUUUCUAUGGGGUCAGCAAAAAGGCAGAAGAGAAAGAAAAAGCAGAGGAGCCACACAAACAACAGUUACACCAGGGAUGAAAGUUUAUUUCUUAUCAAACAGAAGAAAAAGAAAACCACACCGAAAGCCAGCUUGAUCUGAGAUGGAGAUUUAUUCCUUCCACAAAAUGCAGACUAGGCUAUCACAGCACAAAGAGUGUAUCAGUAACCAUUCCAUAAGGAGAGCAUCUUGGUUUGUAAUGACAAGUUAUUUAUGCAUUAGAAAUACAUUAUUUGUUAAAUGUUUUUACAAUUCCUGGAAUAUUGGAUGAAAUAUAGAGGUAGGAGGUGGGGAGUGAUAAGAUGAAAGCAAUUUAAAAAAAAUACAUAUCCUCAGUUGCAUACACUCUUUUUGUAAAUCUAUGUCUCAAAAUACUUCUGCUUAAUGCAUAUAGUUUAUUUGCAUGCAGACAAAUUGACAGGUGACCUAGGUAUGGAUACAAAAAUAAAUGGAGGUAGCGAUUUCACCUGUUUAAUAGAAGGGACAAAAAAAGGGAGGAGCAAGUGAUUUGGGUUUACAGGCCUUAGGAAGGCCUAGUGGUAUCUUGUUUCCUCUGUUGAUUUGUUUUGAAAAAUGUACGGAAUAAAUUUAAGCAACAGAAGGAUGUUCGUUCAAGAAAUGUUAUUUGCUUCCUAAUUUAUUUUCCUGACAGAGUGUUUCAGGAGGUGGCCAUCUUACGCCACAUUCUUAGAUAUGAUUAUCCUCAAAUUUGUCAUAGACGUAGCACUAUAAUUUGACUUGACAGGCCAGGUAAGUCUUUGUUCAAGUGAGAAAGCGUAAAAUGCAUUGAAGUCUAAUUUUUAAAGUAUAUAAUCCCAGAUGGCUUUUUUAAGGUUCUAAGAAAUAAAUUAUUUUAUAACUCAUUUUAUUAAAGUUAGGUAUUUUGGUACUUUGAAUUACAAUUCAAAAUUUAUGUUGGAAAAAUAUUGCUAUGUCUAAGGGGAAAGUAACCAUUUGGAUGCCCGAUUUUUUUUUUGUUUGUUUGUUUUUUCUUCAAAAUCAACUAUUUCAUCUUCUUUCUUUAAUACUGUCGAUUCAUGUGACCUCCAGUGAGACUUCGGCUUCCCAAACAUGCUGCUUUUUUCACUCGUUAAUUUCUAUGUCCAAAAGAUGUAUUUUACAUAGGGGAUUGAUUAUUAAACAUUAAAAUGUUAUUUUUA